AUGUCUGACUCGGAGGGAGAGGAAGAGUUCGCGCUCGAUUCCGUCUUCACUGAACCACCCAGACCGCCGACACCUGAACCUACGACAGCAAUAUAUAAACGCAAUCAAGAUAUUCCAGGCGACGAAACAACGAAGAAUCAAACUUGGUCAUCGAUUGAAAUCCGCCUUGUUGGCUCCCAUCCGCUGUGGGGCCACUACUUAUGGAAUGCCUCGCGAGCAUUUGCCUCAUAUCUAGACGAGCGGCCUCAGCUAUAUCAUGAUCGUACCGUUCUCGAGCUCGGUGCAGGGGGCGGGCUACCUGGGAUCGUUACGGCUAAGAAUGAUGCUGGAAUGGUGGUUCUUACCGACUACCCGGAUGCUGCACUCCUUGAGAACCUCGCUCACAAUGUCCAGACGAACGUACCACCAGAGUCAUUACCCCGUGUACAUGUGAAAGGCUACAUCUGGGGCCAUCCCGUAGCACCCCUUAUGGAGAUGCUACCGGAGACGGAGGCUUCCAGGGGCUUUGACUUGAUCAUCAUGUCGGAUCUCGUAUUCAAUCACUCUCAGCACGAUGCUCUGCUUAAAACGUGUGAACAGGUUUUGAGACCUUCUCCGCCAGAAAAGUCAAAGUCAGAGGACAAUGUGUCUGUAGGCGAUGCAAAAAAACCCUGCCUUCUUGUCUUCUAUACCCAUCAUCGCCCCCACCUCGCCCACAGAGAUAUGGAGUUCUUCAGCAAGGCGCAGGAGCGUGGUUGGAUUUGUGAGGAAGUAUUGACCCAGACGUUCCCGCCGAUGUUCCCGGACGAUCCUGGCGCGGAAGAGGUUCGCGCGACGGUUCAUGGAUGGCGUUUGACUCGCUCAUGA